UUUUGCAACAGACUCCUACCAGUAGGGGGCGCGUUGCCUUAGUGUGUAAACUAGUAAACAAGAAGAAGAUGAACAAGGAUCCGCUAUCGAAAAUGCUAACCUUUAGUUUAACGUUUAUACGACACGGGGAAACGCAGUACAACAGAGAUAGGCUGCUCCAAGGUCAAGGUGUGGACACACCAUUGUCAGAGGUAGGAGUAAGGCAGAGUGAAGCCGUAGGACGACAUCUCAAAGACAUCACAUUUAACAAUGUGUUCACCAGUAACCUCCAGCGCGCUGUACAGACGGCUGAAAUAAUUCUGAGGAACAACACUCACUGUUCUGGCAUGGAGAUGGUUUUGGAGCCAUUACUCAGAGAGAGGGGUUUUGGCGUUGCUGAAGGUCGUCCCAAAGAGCAUCUCAAGAACAUGGCCAAUGCUGCCGGACAGUCGUGUCGUGACUACACGCCACCAGGAGGAGAGACUUUAGACCAGGUGAAGCUCCGAUUCAAACAGUUCCUCAAAGUCCUUUUUAAGCAUAUGUUGGAUAAACAUGGCUGGCCAGGAGCUGAGGCCUGUGCGGGGGUAACGGCGGACGGAGAGGCUGCUGCCGCGGCCACCGCGUGUGAUGGUUCAGCUGACGACGGAGUAAAGGGAGUGUCGGUCCACGCCCUGGUCGUUAGCCACGGCGCCUACAUCCGUGUAGCCAUCAGGCACCUCAUCGAGGACUUGAGGUGCUCUCUGCCUGCGGGGGUAAAGGUGUCCCAACUGUCUUCGCCGUGUCCAAACACGGGCGUCAGCCGCUUUGUUCUCACUCUGAGACCGUCCGAGUUGGGCCCAGUCCUGUCGGCUGCUCGCUGCAUUUUUACCAAUAGAAAGGACCAUCUGGAAAACCUCUCGCAUGCUGAAUAGUGUAGAAGAGGAUUGCAUUUUGUUUAUGGUGUAUGUAAGUACUACAUACACAGGUUCUGUGCUACUAAGACGUAAAGAUUCUGAGAAGUAAGAGGCCAAGACCUUAAAGUUCUGACAGGUAAUUGAAUGUAAAAAUGCACAGGUAAGUAAACCAAUGUGUUUUUCAGUACUGUAUUGUUUAAUUACGCCUCCAACGAUAGGGCUGUUUGGUUGGAUGUUUAUGUUUCAUUUAAUUGUUGAGUUUAUUGUCUAUUUAAUCCUGUUAUACCAAAGUCUGAGCUAUUUAACGUAUUGCUGUCAGUAGAUGUGACAUUUUUAAACAGACUUCUGUGUCUCCUGUGUUGCGAUUGUAGUGCUGCUCAUUUCACUUGUGCAAUAUAAAAAAACACUGAGACUUUCUGUUCAACCAAUGUUUUAUACAUGGAAGCAACUGAUGACAAGUCGCUGCACAUAACGUAACUGUGACUAUCUAUAUUAUGGAAAAAUAAAAUCUCGGCCUAUA